CUCAAACAUUUGUUUUGUCCAAAAACGCCCUUUUUUCUGUAUACUUGGCAUUUUGAAAUUUUUCAACUUAAACAAUAUUGACGUUUUUCAUAAGAUCAACAUCAAUUACAUAUUAUAUACAUGAGAUCUUAAUGCUAUGCCAAACACAUUUUGUCUAAAUGUUCACCGUUGCAUCUUAUAACCCACCACGAAUUUCUGGCCUCGGCCUUGUAAUGGACUCCGACACCAAUCUGAAAAAUUGACUAAAACAAAUAYAAAUAUACGAAAUGCACGAAAACGCAUCAACGAAAGUGGCAGUUACUACUUCUGUAACACCAGUACAUGGCCGUCCGGAAUUUAGCAAACACAGAAAUAGCAACCACCAAAGGAACCUUAGCCUUGACUUUCGGUCAAUGGGUAUUGUAUUACCAACAAUAAGCCAUCCAUCACACCACCGAAACCGUAGUUUGGAUUCUGUGCUUACUAAAAUACCAGAGGUAGAUGUGAUACCAAGUCCUGAAUGUCCUGAACCAAUAUGUGCACCAAUGUCUGAUCCAAAUAUCCAUUCGGAUGAUUCGGGUAUUGGAAGCUCAGAGAUGGCGAGCAGCUGUAGCCGAGAGAGUCUUAGCUGUUCAGAACCCAGCCCUUCGAAACAAGGAGGUUACGAUACUCAGACAUUUGACAAAGUUUCUAAAAGCUUUCUGCUCAGACUGAUUGAGUCCAAGCUGUUUGAUAUGCCAAUGGCCAUUAUGUACCUUUUCAACUCAAAAGAGCCUGGUGUCCAACGAUAUAUAGGUGAUAAAUUGUUUAGUUUUGAUGACAAUUCAGUAGAUUUUUUCUUGCCACAACUAAUUAGUAUGUACAUACAAAUGGAUGACAUAGCAGAAGCUAUAGAUCCGUAUUUGGUACAUAGGUGUCGUAAAUCUUGUGAUUUUUCUAUUAAAUGUGCAUGGUUAUUAAAUGCCUUCCAUGAUUUAAAUACUGAAUCAAAAUCUCGUGGUGGUCAAUUAAUCAGUACAAUUCUCAACGAGCAUUACAAACAAGGACCAAGUGAACCAACCUCUUUAGACUCAUUCAACCUAUUAACAAAAAAGACUCAUUGUCGGUCAAGAUCUGACAGCUCGAUGGUCAAUUUAAAUGGAAUUCAAAUAGUGCGAGAACGAAGUUUUUUAGGGGAUUUAAGUUCUGGUAUGGCAUUUGAUAAUAGAUGCAGUUGCACUGAACAAAUAGCUGAGUGUCGAUGUGGUGCUCCUAGAAUGUGUUCCGAGAUAGAAUUUAUAAAAUGCUUAACAACACUAGGACGUGAUUUGGCUAAACAAUCAACUAGAGAAGCAAAAACUACUUAUCUAUAUAGCCAAUUAAGUUUAAUUAAUAAGAAUUUACCUGCUAAAGUUUGGAUACCAUUGUACAAUUGUAAUCAUCAUAUUUUAUCAAUACCUCCACGUGUAGCAGCUGUUUUGAAUUCUAAAGACAAGGCUCCAUUUAUUAUUUAUGUGGAAGUAGCAGAAGUAGAAGAUGCUGAACGAUCUCCUUUAACUACCCGGGUAUCAAAUCUUCGCCAAACCCGUAGUGAAGAAAAUCUCACUCGAUGUGAUCCCCAAGACCUUAAACCGGAAAUAAACAAUCCAAACAUGUUUAUCGUAGCUGGUGACAUAAGACGUCGCCUCACUGUUUCUACUGAUAUUAAAAGUUCUUCACCCACAGAUCCCGAAGACCCUUCUGCUGCUGCGCUCAAAGAGCUUUGGUCUGAAAAAGAAAAACGUGUCAGAGAAAAAUCUCCAUAUGGUGGUCUAGCCAACUGGAAAUUGUUGCCAGUUAUUGUAAAGACAGGUGAUGACUUGAGACAAGAACUUCUCGCCUCUCAAUUAUUACUAACAUUGCAUAGUAUAUGGAUGUCGGAAUUAGUACCAUUAAAAGUUUUUCCAUAUAAAAUAUUAUGUUUAUCAAAUGAUGCCGGUUUAAUAGAACCAGUAUUAAAUUCUAUCUCUUUGCACCAGAUUAAAAAACAAAAUAAAAAUUCGUUAUCAAUGUAUUUUGAAGAAGAAUUUAAAGAAAAUUCUUUGGCUGAAGCCCGACAAAACUUUAUAGAAAGCUGUGCUGCAUACUCGCUYGUUUGUUAUUUGAUCCAAGUAAAAGACAGACAUAAUGGAAACAUACUUCUUGAUAAUCAGGGAUUUGAAAGUUCGCCCUUUAAAUUAACUUCGGAAAUGGUUGAUGUAAUGGGUGGACUUGACUCGGAUGGUUUCAAAUACUUCAAACUACUAAUACUCCGUGGCUUAAUUGCUUCACGUAAACACAUGGACAGAGUGUUGUCUGUCGUUCAAAUCAUGCAGUCUGCUAAUUCGCAGUUACCUUGUUUUAGAGCUGGAGCAACAGCUGUAAUUGGAUCUUUGAAAUGUCGUUUUCAUUUAAAUCUUACGGAAUCUCAACUGCUAUCGCUCGUAGAUAACAUGGUUGAAUCAUCAUUGCAUUCAAUCACGACCAAAUUGUACGACGGUUUCCAAUACUACACUAAUGGCAUACUGUGAUUUUUACACUUUACGUUACUUGGAAUACACUUAACAAUAUGUUCAAAGUUUCCAACAAAGUAUUUACAUAAUUGGCAAAUGCUACUUCCAAGUGCGAUUUUUUUAUUGAAUGAAAAUGAUAAUUAAUGUUUUGCUCACUAAACCUGGUCAAUAAAAUACUGUCAAUGUUACCUAAUACUAAUGUUAGAAAAAUYCUUUAUUCUUUAUCCUAAGAAAAAAUAUCAAAUAUAUCGUAAGUUAACAAAUCCCUUUGUACAUACAUACAACCAAAAACACAUAUACACUGUAUUUGUACUAUAUCAUUAUGUUAUAACAAAUUGUAAUUAAUUUGUAAAUUAUUUUUUUUAAGCA